GGCGGGCUAUACACCUCAUCGUACACAACACAAUUGAAAAGGAAAUCUACAGUUGGCUUUCCUAGGAGAAGUUGUCUGUCUGUUUCUGUGUGUGAAAUCUGGAUUUGGCCCUGAGUUUCUCUGGAGCUCUGUGUACUGGAGAGUUCUACUCCAGGCACAGAGGAGAUGAGCUUUACCAGGAGAAAGGGGUUCUUCAGGCAAGAAGUAAACAAGACACUCUGGGAACUUCCUAGACGAUAUACUAACAUCAUCCCUGUGGGAUCUGGUGCUUAUGGCUCUGUCUGUUCAGCAAUAGAUAAGAAAACAGGAGACAAAGUGGCUAUCAAGAAGCUCUGUCGCCCAUUCCAAUCUGAGAUUUUUGCCAAGCGAGCAUAUCGGGAACUCACACUGUUGAAGCACAUGCAGCAUGAAAAUGUCAUUGGAUUACUUGAUGUCUUCACUUCAGCUACUUCAUUUGAGGGAUUCCAGGACUUUUACCUGGUGAUGCCAUACAUGCAAACAGAUUUACAAAAGAUAAUGGGACACCAGUUCAGUGAGGAAAAGAUUCAGUAUCUGAUCUACCAGGUUUUGAAAGGAUUGAAGUAUAUUCACUCUGCUGGAAUCAUUCAUAGGGAUCUAAAGCCAGGCAAUUUAGCAGUGAAUGAAGACUGUGAACUAAAGAUCUUGGACUUUGGCUUAGCAAGGCAUACAGACACAGAGAUGACAGGCUAUGUUGUAACUCGUUGGUACAGAGCACCUGAAGUGAUUCUGAACUGGAUGCACUACAACCAGACUGUGGACAUCUGGUCUGUUGGUUGCAUCAUGGCAGAAAUGUUGACUGGGAAAACUCUGUUUAAGGGUAAAGACUAUCUCGAUCAGCUAACCCAGAUCCUGAAAGUGACAGGAAGCCCCGGAGAGGAGUUUGUGCAAAAGCUGGAAGACAAAGCGGCUAAACACUACAUACAGACCCUCCCUAAAAUUCCCAAAAUGGAUUUAUCUCUGCUUUUACCCAAAGCCAGUCCUCUGGCAGUGGACUUGCUUGACAAAAUGUUGCAGCUGGAUGUAGAAAAACGUCUCACAGCAACCCAAGCUCUGGCCCAUUCAUACUUUGAUCCAUUCAGAGAUAUUGAGGAAGAGACAGAAGCACAGCACUCCUAUGAUGACUCCAUAGGAAGUACAAAGCUUUCAAUAAAUGAAUGGAGAAGGCAUAUUUACAGUGAAAUACUGUCAUUCAGCCCAAUUGCUCGGAAAGAUUCCAAGAGGAGAAGUGGAAUGACAUUAUAGACUCUUGUAUGUCUACUGCUGGUCUACCUUUCCAAUGAUACACAAUCAUCGGUGUUUUGAUCCUAAAGAUGAGUAAAUAUAAAUCAGCAUGAAAAAGGCUAUAUGCAUAUAGCACAAUAAUAGUGAAUCAGUAGAGGCCAACUUUGCUUUGAACAUCACAGUGAUACAAACAACCUCCAGUGCCACAAAUCAAUAUGAUUCUCAUUAAAUCUCUUUGUGAUAAAUUGUGAUGGCUCUAUUUUACCUUUUCUUGGGCUUUUUGUAACUGGUUCCAUAGACUUGGUUUAAAAAGCUACAAUGUUUCUACAAGUCUAUAAAAUUUUCUUUUUUCCUAAUAUCUCCAAAUGAAUACUGUAAAAAACACGUUUCAAAAAAUAAAAGUAUUUAUGUAAUAAAGGAACAGUUUCAAAGAACAGUUACAUUAUGUUCCUUGUGGUUCAUUCUAAGCAUUUUACAUUUAAAACAGAUUUCUCACUUCUUAUUGGCCUUACAUUAGCCAUAUUGUAAAUGGGAAGUAUCUACAUCUUUAAGCACUGAUAAUUCCCAUCUGGCAUGAUUUUCACAAAUAUCCCAGUAUUUUUCGUUGCAAAUGUUAACUAUAUUAUGGUUAUUUUAAUCUGUGAUGUAUAUAUACAUAUUCUCAGAGGCAGUGAUUUAUAAUUCAAGAUA